AUGAUCACCGCUGCCAUCAUUGUGAUUAUAAUCAUAAGCCUCUACUUCUACGGCACCCGAACCUUUAAGUAUUGGGAGAAACGAGGGGUCAAGCAUGACAAACCCCUGCCCCUCGUCGGUAACAACUUGAUGGGAUGCUUGUUCAAAUCCAGCAUGACACAAAUAGCUGACGAAUUAUACUGGAAGUAUCCAAACGAACGGGUUGUCGGCUUCUACCGGUCUACGCGUCCAGAACUGCUCAUCAGAGAUCCGGAGUUUGUCAAAAGAAUCUUAAUGACAGAUUUCACGUCAUUCUUCGAACGGGGCUUUAACCCACAUAACACAAUUUUUGAACCAUUGAUGCAGAAUUUAUUCUUCGCUGAUGGAGAUGCUUGGAAGCUACUCAGACAGAGAAUGACUCCAGCCUUCACAACGGGAAAGCUAAAAGCGAUGUUUCCGCUGAUCGUGGAACGGGCAGAAAGGCUAAAAGCUAUAACACUUGAAGCUGCAGCUGAUGGCAAGGCGGUUGAUGCCAGGGAUAUAAUGGCAAGGUACACUACAGAUUUUAUCGGCGCCUGUGGCUUCGGGCUGGACGCCGACUCGUUGAAGGACGAAAAUUCAGCUUUCAGAAAACUCGGUAGAAAGAUAUUUGAAUUUGAAAUCAAGGAUAUCAUUAAGGCAAUAUUAAAAGAAAUCUUUCCAGAAAUAUUUUAUAAUUUAAAGAUGUGGGUUCGUAUUGACAAGGAUAUGAAUGAGCUGGUUGGAGAAAUCCUGAGGAUGAGAAAUAACAAGCCUUCUGGAAGGAAUGACUUUAUAGAUCUCAUGCUGGAAUGCCGGAUGAAGGGUACUAUUGUUGGCGACUCACUGGAAAGGCAGAAGCCGGACGGCACACCAGAAGAGGCCAGGUUGGAGUUCAAUGACGGACUGAUUGCUGCACAAGUGUUCGUUUUCUUUGCGGCUGGUUUUGAAACGUCCUCUUCGGCGACUAGCUUCACGCUGCAUCAGCUUGCUUACAAUCAAGAUAUACAGAAGAAAGCACAGGACGAAAUUGACCGAGUUCUGAAGAAACACGACGGCAAACUCUGCUAUGAUGCAGUCAAAGAAAUGGUAUACUUGGAAUGGGUCUUCAAGGAAGGAAUGCGUAUGUUCCCUUCCCUCGGUUUUCUCUUGAGACGGUGCACGAAGCCUUAUACCUUCCCCGAACUGAACUUCAGCAUAGACAAGAGCACUAGGGUCCUGAUACCCUUGCAAUCGAUACACAACGAUCCUAAAUACUUCAAGGAUCCAGAAGUAUUCAGACCAGAGAGAUUCAGUCCUGAUGAGUUUGAUUCCAGUAAGAAGUUCGUUUAUUUGCCGUUCGGUGAUGGACCCAGAGCAUGUAUAGGUGAACGUCUUGGCCUGAUGCAGUCCCUUGCAGGUCUAGCGGCAGUCCUUUCCUGCUUCACAGUCAGCCCAGCUCCGGAGACUCUGCGACACCCAGUUGUGAACCCUAAAAGUAGCAUCGUUCAAAGUGUACUGAAUGGAUUACCUUUGUUGUUUCAAAAACGGCAGACGAGUUCCUAA